CGGGGCCCCGGGACGGCGGCCCCCGGGGGCGCCCAUGCGAUGGAGAAGCUGGCGGCCGGGCUGGCGGGCCUGCGCUGGAGCAUGGGCGCCUUCCCGCUCGACCUCAUCGUCAGCCGCUGCCGCCUGCCCACGCUCGCCUGCCUCGGGCCAGGGGAGUAUGCCGAGGGUGUCAGUGAGAGAGACAUCCUGCUCAUUCACUCCUGCCGUCAGUGGACAACGGUGACAGCCCAUACCCUGGAGGAGGGCCACUAUGUCAUCGGACCCAAGAUUGACAUCCCCCUGCAGUACCCAGGGAAGUUCAAGCUCCUGGAGCAGGCCCGGGAUGUGCGGGAGCCAGUGAGGUACUUCAGCAGCGUGGAGGAGGUGGCCAGCGUCUUCCCUGACCGCAUCUUUGUGAUGGAAGCCAUCACCUUCAGUGUCAAGGUGGUGUCGGGCGAGUUCAGCGAGGACAGCGAGGUGUACAACUUCACGCUGCACGCGGGCGACGAGCUCACACUCAUGGGCCAGGCGGAGAUCCUGUGCGCCAAGACCACCAAGGAGCGCUCGCGCUUCACCACGCUGCUGCGCAAGCUGGGCCGGGCGGGGGCGCUGGCCGGGGUGGGCGGCGGCGGCGGCGGCGGCGGGGGCCCCGGGGGCGCGGGGGCCGCGGGCGGCGGCGGCGGCGGCGGCGGCGGCGCCAGGCCCAUCAAAGGCAAGAUGCCCUGUCUCAUCUGCAUGAACCACCGCACCAACGAGAGCCUGAGCCUGCCCUUCCAGUGCCAGGGCCGCUUCAGCACGCGCAGCCCGCUCGAGCUGCAGAUGCAGGAGGGCGAGCACACGGUGCGCGCCAUCAUCGAGCGCGUGCGGCUCCCGGUGAACGUGCUGGUGCCCAGCCGGCCGCCGCGCAACCCCUACGACCUGCACCCGGUGCGGGAGGGCCACUGCUACAAGCUGGUCAGCAUCAUCUCCAAGACCGUGGUGCUGGGGCUGGCGCUGCGCCGCGAGGGCCCGGCGCCGCUGCACUUCCUGCUGCUCACCGACACGCCGCGCUUCGCGCUGCCGCAGGGCCUGCUGGCCGGGGACCCGCGCGUGGAGCGCCUGGUGCGCGACAGCGCCUCCUACUGCCGCGAGCGCUUCGACCCCGACGAGUACUCCACGGCCGUGCGCGAGGCGCCCGCGGAGCUGGCCGACGACUGCGCCAGCCCGCGCCGCGCGCGCCUCUGCCUGCCCGCGCCCCCGCGCGCCCCCGCGCCCCCGCGCGCCCCCGGCCCGCCCGGCGACGGCGACCAGGAGUACGUGAGCCCCGACUGGGCCAGCGCCGCCGAGGCCGCCGCGCCGCCCGCCGAGAUCCCCUACGAGGAGCUGUGGACGCACCAGGCGGCCGAGGGCCUCGCCGAGGGCCGGGCCCGGCCGCCUCCCGGGCCCGAUCUCAUCUCCUUCGGGGCCGCCGGGCCGCCCCGCCUGGAGCCCGAGGCGCCGCCGCCUCCGGUGCCUCCCAAGUCCGAGGCGGUGAAGGAGGAGUGUCGCCUGCUCAAUGCACCCCCCGUGCCUCCCCGGGGUGGCAGUGGCGGCGGCCGGCUCUCGGGCAGCCCCCCGGUGCCCCCACGCUUCCCCAAGCUGCAGCCCGUCCACUCACCUAGCUCCAGCCUCUCCUACUACUCCUCUGGCCUCCAGGAUGGGGCAGGUUCUCGCAGUGCCAGUGGCUCCCCGUCGCCGGACGCCUACUCCCUCUAUUGCUACCCAUGCACAUGGGGAGACUGCAAGGCGGGCGAGGCCUCCAGCCGCCCGCCCCCGGGACCCCUGCCGUCGACCACGCAGCCCAGCCAGGCCACCCGGGCCCUUGCAGAGCCCCUGGGCAGUCGAGCGGUCUCCCUCCUGGGGGCUGAUCCCCCGGUGAAGGCGUACCACAGCUGCCCGCCUCUGUUCAAGCCCGCUCACCCCCAGAAACGCUUUGCUCCGUUUGGGGCCCUCAACCCCUUUUCGGGGCCUGCCUACCCCUCAGGCCCUUCUGCGGCCUCCUCUUCUGGGCCCACAACCAGCUCGGGGCCCCUGGCUACCUCCAGCCCAGCUUUCUCUCCAGGCCCAGGCUCACCAGGCCAGGCCUAUUCCGUGGCCCCCACCUCCUCCUCCUCCUCCUCUGAGUGGCAGGAGCCCACCCUGGAGCCCUUUGACCCCUUUGAGCUGGGCCAGGGCAGUUCUCCAGAGCCUGAGCUGCUGCACUGUCAGGAGCCCAGAGCUGGGGGGGCACCCUGCCUUUCUCCACUUGGACCCCCCAAGGCCUUUGAACCGGAAGGCUUGGUGCUGCGGCAGGUCCCUACCCCGCUGUCACCAGUGGCCCUGCAGGGGCCCGAGGCCAGUGGGGCACGGCUCCUUCUGGCCCAAGGGCGCCUGGAGGGGCCUCCUGCCAGUCCCCGGGAGGGGGCCGCGGGCUGGGGAGGCCGGGAUGCCUCCUCCUGGCAGCCCCCUGCUGACCUGUCUGCGCUCUCUCUGGAAGAAGUCUCUCGAAGUCUCCGUUUCAUUGGGCUCUCAGAGGAUGUGGUGAGCUUCUUUGCCCGAGAACGCAUUGAUGGCAGCAUCUUUGUGCAGCUCAGUGAGGAUAUCCUGGCGGAUGACUUCCACCUCACCAAGCUGCAGGUCAAGAAGAUCAUGCAGUUCAUCAAAGGCUGGCGGCCCAAGAUCUGACGUUCCCAGCUUGUAGCUGCACAACUGGAAUCCUUGCACGGAGGCCCUGGGGGUUAGCCACGGUCUGCGGGGGGACAGCACUGCCAGAGCGGGUCCUGCCUGUGAGGAGAAUCUAUGCCAGACUGAGGCAGCUAGGCAGCCCCUCAGAAGUGAAUCCAGGGGAGACACGCUUGGAAAUGGGGACAUCUGGCCUUUGUGCAGAGUAAGUGGGGAGGGGGUUGGAGGCAGCAGUGCACGCCUGGGCCUGGGGACACAUUGCUGCGGUUCCCAUGGUAGGGAGGGGCAAAAACUGGCCUUCAUGGUGACCUGACAUCCUCCCAUGUCUUGAUGUGGAGCUUCAGACAUCUUGCACUUCUCGAGCUUGUAGGUUCAGGUUAGUGACAAGAGAAGAAGAUGUCCCAUAAUCGAAGCACAGAUCUCCCAAGAGCCCUCUCUCUCCUCUGUGUUCCUUGGGCCUUUGGCCUAAGUCGCCCGAGUCUGGGUGCCUUUUCCAUUAUCUCUGGGAUGCCCUUCCCUUGUCCUUCCCUUCCCCUUAGGGCCCUGGCCCCGAGUACAGGUGUAUCCAGUACAGGUCUGUGCCAUUGCCCCUCUGAGGCUCCAGCUCUGUGCGCUGGUUCACGGGUGAGGACUCUGGGAGAGCACAGCUCUGCUGUUGACCUGCUCAUCUAGUUAAGGGAGGCAGAUGCUCCCCUGAUGUCUCUAGUGCCCAGGCUUCUGCCUUCUGUCCUGCCGGGUCGGGUCCCAUCUGAGAAGCUUCUCAGUGGAAGAGCAGGUACAUUGAGGUCAGCUGCUCCUGGGUUCUAGAGGCAAGUGGCCUUCUGCCCAUCUCCUGCCCCCUUCGUUUGACUGGCAAACACAGGGUGUAUCUCUCCGGUUUUCUGUUCGCUGGCACGGGACGGGUGGGAAAGAGAAAGCACAGUGGUUUGGGGAAACAGGCUUUCUCCCCGCUCCUGGAGCUCAGGCCUCCCACACGUGUUCCUGUGCCUCGCAGUGGGUGUCUGUGGCCUGGACCUUGGGCGUGGCGAUCUGCUUGUGCCUGGAGCAGGCUGGCUGUUGUGUACAACCACCCAUCCCCCUGUGCUCUCCGGGUUUCACUGCCCCAGAACCACACUAACUCUCCCCAUGCCACUAGUGUCAGGCCCCACACGGACCAGCCUUCUCUGCUGCCUUAUCUAGCCUACCUAGAUAUUUAUUUCCUCCGUUUUUCUCUUAAGAGUAGUGAAGCCAUGCUGGUGCUCAUGCCCUGAGCAGAUGCCUCCGCUCCAGGGGAAGGGAGUCAGGAAGUAGAGCACACAAACUGUGAUCCUGAAGCAUUGGGUUUCCUUGCCGAUCACUCUGUGAAUCCUCAAGGACUCGUGAAAUAAAUGCUAGAGCACUGAACAGCAGUGCGGGUGAAA